GCUACACCAGACCGGGGUCAACGAAAUUGCUGCCUCCCUCACCGACCCAUUCACUUCCUCCCAAGCCAAAGGAAGAAAGAGUCUAUCGCCCGUUUGUUCUCGAUACAAACUUCUUUUGUUUUCUCCAACUCCCACGCCAAUCGACAAACGCUGCCAAUUUUUCUUUCCUUUUUUUUGUCCCAUGUUCUGUUGAUGUCGGACUCCACGCGGUCAACAUGACGGACUCCAAGGGCCUUUUCUCAGACUGCGUCUUCGCCUUCGUGCCGAGCUCCUCCCUCGCCCCCAAAGAUAUCUCCGCCUAUACGACUAUAGUCGAGAGCAAUGGCGGCACCGUCGUCGAGCCCCGGCGCGAUGGAUCGAUCCGCAUCGAGCAAGUAACACAUAUCGUCGCCAACAGCAUCGACUUUGAACAGUUCACCGAAAGCCAGGCGUACAUGAUCCCCGUUGUGACUCUCAACUGGAUUGCCUCUUCCAUCAAGAGGGGUAAACAGGCUCAAGUUCGGCCGUUUUCCCCCGAUCCGCGGAUGAUUUUUUCAACAGUCACCCUUACUUGUGCGGACUUGCCGACCAUCGACAAGGAGACCAUUGCAGGGGCCACCGUUGCUCUGGGUGGCAUGGAGUCGGCGGAUGUCACUAGGCAGACUACCCACAUCUGUGCAUUGUCACUCGAUCACCCAAAAUGCCAGACAGCCGUCGAAAAGAAACUAAAAGUCAAGAUUGUUCUUCCACAUUGGUUUGAAGAUUGCUUCAAGCUGGGCAAGCGGAUUGACGAGGCUCCGUACUGUCUUCCAGACCCUGAGAUUCUCCGAGUUGACCCCGCUGCCGAGGUCGAGAUACCGGAGGACAAGGAGGGCCGGCUUGUCGGUGCCACGAGCCCGAAUCCCGACGCUCUCGUUCGAGGCUCCGUCCAGCCCUCGACCGUCUUCCGCGACAAGGCCGUCAUGAUAUCGCGCGACCUGAAUAUCACGCCCAAGUCCCUGAAUAUCGUGAAAAUGCGCAUCACCGGCGGCGGCGGAACCGUCGUCGAGAAAGUGGAGGACUGCGACAUGUUCAUCUGCCAGUACCGGGACGGUCCGGAGUACAUCAAAGCGGCGCAGCUGGAAAAGGAGGUCGGCAACUUGGCCUGGCUCCUGCAUCUCAUCUCCCACAACGAGUGGACGUCGCCGCUGAGACGCCUUUUGCACUAUCCGGUUCCCCGCGACGGCAUCCCCGGUUUCGACGGCCUCCGCAUCUGCAUUUCCAACUACGGAGGCGACGCGCGCAUCUACCUCGAAAACCUCAUCAAGGCCACCGGCGCCACGUAUACCAAGACCAUGAAGACCGACAACACCCACCUGAUCACCGCGCGCAGCAGCAGCGAGAAAUACGAAGCCGCCAAGGACUGGGGCGUCGAGACGACCAAUCACCUCUGGAUCGAGGAGAGCUACGCCAAAUGCGAGAUGCAGCCCCUUACGGUAUCCAAGUACACGCACUUCCCUCCUCGGACCAAUCUGGGGGAAAUCAUCGGCCAGACCUUCUUCGACGAAGCCAAGCUUCGGGAGAACUACUAUCCCGGGGGAGGCGACGAUGACCAGGAGGCCAACAAGUCUCCGCGGGCGAAGCGGAAGCGUCAGAUCCUGGAAGCGGCCCAGGAGAACGCGCAGAAGGGCGGUCCCGCCGACGGCGUGGUGAUCGGUUGUCAGGAGCACAAGGAGUUUGACGCUUUGCAGGACGAUGCCCACGAGCACGCCGAGGCGACGAGGAAGAAGUUCGGCGUCGCGGCGCCGCCGCCCAAGAAGAACAACAACAGCAGCGUCUUUGCUACGCCGGCCCGGCGCCAGCCUGCGCGGGCGGGGAAGGAGAACGACACGCCGUCGGAAAUGUCCAUGUCUACGGGUGGCCGCAGCGCCAAGACCAAGGCCAUGACCAAUCUCCAGAAUCUCGCGUCGGAUAUAGCCCUUUACGAGAAGGAGAAGAAACGGACCAGCAAGGAUGGGCCCUGGGGGGGGAAGCGUGCUGCUGAUAUGCUCGACAGAACCAGAACCAGAGGUGCGAGGGCGUCGAGCCCGACACCGGGGGCUGAAGAGCAGGAUAAGGAGGAGGCCCGGCCUAGCAAGAAGAGGAAGUCGUCCAAGUCGAGCGAGACGAUCCGGGUGAUGCUGACGGGAUUUACCCGCUGGGUGGGACAGAAACGACGAGAAGACUCCGAACGGAGGAAACUGAGGGCCAUGGGUAUCAUCAUUGUCGGCGAACACCACGCAUGCGAUUAUCUUGCAGCCCCGUACAUCGUCCGCACGGUCAAGUUCCUCCGCACGCUUGCCAAGGGCGUCACCAUCAUCAAAUCGGAUUUCAUCGACGAGGCGCUCGAAACCGGCGAGAUGCCGGACCCCCAGCGGUUCGUCCUCAAAGACAAGGAGAACGAGAAGAAGUUCGGCAUCCAGCUGGAGACGGCCAUCUCGAGGGCGCGGGCCAACAAGGGCCGGCUCCUGGCGGGCAUCCCCAUCUACUGCACCUCCAACAUCCGCAACGGGCCCGAGAGCUUCCGACCCAUCGCCGAGGCCAACGGGGCCCAGUUCCUGACGUACAGCGCGCGCAGCGGCGUCACGAUCCGGCCGACGACGGCGGAGGAGGACGGGGGCGCGCCGGCGGACCCGGUCUACCUCCUGACGUCUAACAGCGAGGAGGAGCGCAAGCUGUGGCCCAAGUUCACUGCCAUGGCCGAGAGGGGUCAUAUGGAGGCUAGGAUCGUGUCGGCCGACUGGCUGCUGGACGUGACCAUGAGGCAGCAAGUGUCGUUUGAUGAGAAGUACCUCGCGAGCGUGUUUUUUGAGCAACAGUCGACAUGACGAGCUCUUUUUCCUUAUUAUUAUAAUCAGUGCCCUAUAAUUAUUUUGGUCGUCUCUUUUCUUUCUUUUGUUUUGUCAUUACCGGGACUUUUUUUUUAUUUCGUAAGAUUUUUGUUCUUUCUUUCUUUCUCUCUUUCUUUCUUGUUCUUUUUUCUUCUUUUUUCUCCUUGUCUACCUCUUCUUCUUCCGCAAGUAUGACCCUUGUGCAUGAACUCGGCGUCGGGAGCUUCGAGCGGGGUGUAAUUUGAUACGACCCGAGGGUUUGCUGUACUAACCAGCUGAUGAGGGCUGGGAGUUAAUGGUGAUGGGUGUUGUUUUUCGGUUUCAGGACGGGAAGGACAGGAAAACAUGUUCCCGGGUGACGCAGUACGUAAGAAAGUAGGGCAGAAUUAAUGAUGACGGGCUCUUUCUUUGAAAGGGAAAAAAAAAAAAAAAAAAAAAAAA